CACCCCGUUUCCUCUAUAAAGCCUGAGAGCAGGAGCAGGGAGUAAACAAGUGUGAGGAGCAAGCAGGGUGCAGAGCAAUGGGGGUGAAAGAAGCGCAAGGGUUUCCACUGAAGGGAGGGCACCUUCCCGCAGUUAAAGCUGGUGGGAUGAGAGUCUCAAAAAAACAAGGAAAUGAAGAAAACAGCGCUCCAGAGAAAAACGUUAAGAAACCCAUAAGCGAAAAGCCAAGCUCUUUUAUGAACAUGUCAAAGCUGCAAGCAAUGAAUCUCCUGGCAGGAGCCAUAGAGAAGCUCAGCUAUGAGUUUCCGGCAGAAGCUGCCCACCUGGCUCACCAGAAGCCACGGCCAACAUUGGAGAAGAUAGUCUUGCCGAAAAGGCUCUACAUCAUUCAUCAGCCGCGUAGAUGUUAGAUAAAGCAGGUUUUGUUAUUUUGUAUUAUCGGUUCUGCUGCAUCUUGUAGAUUUUUUUUCGUAAAAGGACCCUUAUACAUGGUUUUUGUAAUAUGUAAUAAAGCACUUAAAGAACA